UAGAAAUAGUUCCUUUUCUAUGAAACGCGUUACUUCUCUCGUGGUGUUGUUCCAGCGCUCAUUCUUUCUGGAAGAGGGACAAACAAGCUUCCUUCGUGCUCUCUACAAAUAGUGUUAAGCAUUCCAUUUAUGGAGCGCGUUACUUCUAUUUGGCCGUCUCGGUUGAUCCAAGAUGUGGUGUUCAUUCUUCUGGAACCUCGAGAGCGACUAUUUCUGCUCGUCCCGGCUUAGAAAACGACAAAUAACAGAGCUUGUUUCGCGCGUUCCUGCGAGGCUUGGCUAUGGUUUCCACAACCAUGGUUGCACUAAUCUUCGCGUUUCUUCUCGUUGUGUGCGCAGUCGAGGGCCAUGAGAUCCUCAGCAGGAGAAGCUUUCCAAAAGGCUUCGUGUUUGGAACAGCGUCCGCGGCAUACCAGUAUGAAGGCGCUGCUAGAGAAGGUGGAAGGGGUCCAAGCAUCUGGGACGUUUAUGCUCACACUCCAGGAAAAAUAAUGGAUGGAACAACUGGAGAUGUUGCAGUGGAUCAGUAUCAUCGUUAUAAGGAAGAUGUCGGAUUGAUGGUGGACAUGGGCGUGGAUGCUUACAGAUUUUCCAUCUCCUGGUCUCGGAUUUUCCCUGAGGGGAGGGGCAAAAUCAACCAGGAAGGUGUGGAUUACUACAACAACCUUAUCAAUGAACUUCUCAAGAAAGGGAUUCAACCUUACGUAACUUUGUUUCACUGGGACAGUCCUCAAGCUUUGGAAGAUGCCUACAAGACAUGGCUGAGCUCCAGAAUAGUGGAUGAUUAUGCAGCUUAUGCCGAAGCAUGCUUCAGAGCGUUUGGAGAUCGUGUCAAGCAUUGGAUUACUUUCAACGAGCCUCAUGUGGUUUGUAACUUUGGUUACAAUUUUGGCAUGCUUGCUCCUGGAAGAUGCUCGUCUGAAGUUGGCAAUUGCUCUGCUGGGAACUCUUCAGUGGAGCCUUACAUUGUUGGACAUCAUAUCCUUUUAUCUCACGCGUCCGCAGUGAAGAUAUACCGAGAAAAAUACCAGGAGAAACAAGCUGGAAUCAUCGGUAUUACUCUCGAUGCGCAAUGGCACGAACCUUUCUCUAGGUCCUCAAAGGAUAAAGCUGCAGCUAGAAGAGCCUUGGACUUCAAUCUUGGAUGGAUGCUGGAUCCAAUCAUGUUCGGGGACUAUCCAGCAACAAUGCGCUCUCGCGUUCGCGACCGUCUUCCAAAGUUCACCAAAGAACAAUCCAAACGUCUCAAAGGAUCUCAUGACUUCAUUGGGAUUAACCACUACACAAGCUUUUACGACGCAGACGCUAGUAAUUCUAAUCAUCCACAAGCAGCGUUCUCCCAACAAGCUUAUUUCAAAGACACUGGAGUUUUCUCUACAGAUAUGAGGAAUGGUCGUUUAAUUGGACAGAACGUGAAUGGAUUUUACAUCGUUCCAUUCGGAAUGAGGCGCCUUCUCAACUACAUUCGUCUCCGGUACAACAAUCCAACGAUUUUCAUCACAGAAAACGGUGAGCUUUGGCUGCUAAAGUUUCUUUCACUAAAUUCGCUAUCAGGAAUAAGCGACGUUACAAACGCGACAGCUCCAUUGAAGGAAGUACUCAACGACACGACAAGGGUGAAUUUCUUGAAGGCCUACCUUUCCAAUCUUCGAGCAGCAAUUGCCGAUGGCUCCGAUGUUCGCGGCUACUUUGUGUGGUCUCUGCUGGAUAACUUCGAGUGGUCGAGAGGACUGUCAGUGAAAUUCGGCCUUUAUCACGUUGAGUAUGAGAAGGACUUGCAAAGAGUUCCCAAGAAAUCCGCAUGGUGGUACAAGAAAUUCCUGACAAAGUAGUGGUGCCAUGUAUAGUAUAGUAAAUUUAUUGCAGUCCUUAAAAUUACCAUCCAGUCAAGCGCAAAUUCUCCGUUUUUAUUAA